GUUAUGAGAAAGCCAGGAUUGAAAAUGGAUAUAUAGAUACUGCCGAGCAAUUGGAAAGACAGAGCCAGGAAUAUUUAAAAGAUAUUGAACUGGCUAAAUAUCAUGAGGAAAGAGGCAAAAUUAAUUGUGAAUGCUAUGCUUGCGAGGAAAAAAAAGCCCUGCGGGAAGAAAUAAAAGCCAAGAUAAAAAAAGAAAUUGACAAUUACGACUGCGAGAACAAAGCCACUGAAAAGGAGGAAUGCCCCGAAUGUGGCAAAAUGAAAGAAUUGGCUGAGGAAACAGGAGCCU